CCUUAUGUUGGCGCGUAAUUUUCUGAAUACGACAAUGGGAAAAAGGGUAAGAAGAUACCCAAAUCAUAUGCAUCAAAUCUCCUAGACUUUCAUUUUCUCAGCCAUUUUCUCGCCGGACGCGCCUCUUUCGUUCCCUUUGCUAUCAGUAUCGUGUAGCGAAGGGAAAGAUCGAUUACCCAUCUUCCAGAUUUGUGCUCCCCGACAUCUGUUUGUGUUUGACCUGGAAUUGUUUGGAUUCGAUUGCGUUUUGCUUUGCCACUUGGUCGGUGUGUCCGGUUUUUUGUUCUUAUUAGCUAAGUUUGGAAGUGGGUUCGAGUUGAUCUAGUGGUGGCUCUUAUGAGAGGGGGAUUUCGGAUGAUCUGGAGGUUUCUUUAGCUGUUUUGAAUUAGCGUUUUGCUGCAAAAGGUUCUGAAAAAAGGAAGCAAGGAGGGAAGACAAAAGUAAGCUUUUGAAUGUUCUGCUUUUGUAAUUGACACGUUUAUAUACUUCACUUGAGGUCAGGGCUUAUCUACCUUAAAGUUUGGUCGGUAAAGUUUCUCCAAGAUGGAGCCUACACAGUGUUCAGCUAGUGUUCUUGAAGCAUUGAUGGGCUUUGAUGAGCUGCAAUCCGAGCACCGUGCUCCGGGGCGUUCUCGAGUUCUUUCCGAGCGUUAUUUACAAAGGGUUGCUUCCAUUGGAGGAACCCAAAAGAAGAAAUCCCCCUCUAGAUGUCAGCCAUUUAGGAUGACCAUAGAAGAGCCACCAGAAGUCUUUUCGAUACGCAACGUGUUAUGGGAUCGGGAGCACUUUUCGAUACACAAUUUCAUGAACGAAAAGCACUUUUCGACAGAUGAGAUUAUACCGAUGUCAAAGGAUUUUCAUGACUUACCGGAGGUCGUAGAUUCUAUGGACAUCUCACCAAGACAUACUAGAACAAAAGAUAAUACGUUCAACCAUGUCGAAAAUGGACCGAACGUGUCAAAGCCACAUAACAAUGCGCAUAGAAAAGAUGAAGACAAGCGUUCCUGCUUCAUUUCGGUCGAGUCGUACAAGGGCGGAGAAUCCAGGGAGAAAGUAAUAGAAGAACAAAGGAAGAAUGGAAAUUUGAUGCUAUCUAAACAAGGUAGGAACAUGAACGAAAUGUUUAUACUCCCUCAUUAUGCAACUUUUCCCAGUGAUUUGAAUUGCAAGCCUGUCGAGUACGAUUUCCCGAAGCGUGUUUGUUUGAAUAAGGAUCAUUUGCAUUCUGGCAGUCCGUUGUGCUUGAGCUGCAAGGAUCGAAGAUUCGAUCGACUCGGUAAAAAAUCCCACAGGUCGGGACUCAAUUCUGCUUAUACAGUGAUUGCAAGAUCUAGAAUCAGGAGCAGGUACGAGGCGCUUCGAAAUACAUGGUUCUUAAAGCCUGAAGGUCUCGGUACUUGGCUUCAAUACAAGCCGUUGAAUACGAGAUCCAAUAAAAAGAAUGCUUCGGAACCCUCUUCGAAAUUAAGCUCUAAAAAGUUGAGGAUUUUUCCUUGCCCUGAUUCAGUGAGCGAUCAUGUCGACAACGAUGGCUGUAUCGUUGGUAAUGAUCUGAAGACCCGAGUCGAGAAAAAUGGCCUUUGUGAUCAGCAUUCUGUAAACUCGCUAUCAUCAAACAGCAAUCUGGCCAUAGAGCAACCUUCAUUGUCCAGCAUCGUUCCGGAGACUGACGGUCAUUCAUCUACCAACUCGUGCCGUGCGACGUGUACCUCUAUCCAACAGGAUGGUCUUUCGUUCGAUCGUUACGAUAGCAAAGAGCUAGAUUCUAUUGUGAGGUUGGAGGAGUUUUAUCAACCGAGCCCAGUUUCGGUCCUUGAACGACAUUUUAAAGAAGAAACAUUUUCGAGUUCCGAGUCCUCGGGCAUUAACGGUAGAGAACUUGAACUUCUGAUGUGGGACACCCCGGGAACUAACUCAGACGAACAUGAAUUGUUCGUAUCGAGUGAGGAGGAUGGUGGAGAAGGAUCGAUAUGCAAUUCUGAUGAAAUUUAUGAUAUAAUGAGCACGUUCAAGUUCAAAGAUAGUCGGGAUUUUUCAUACCUAGUCGAUGUCAUAAGCGAGGCAGGCUUGCAUCGUAGGAACCUAGAGAAGGGUUAUGUUUUAUGGCAUGAUCAGGAACGUCAUGUCAUUAGCCCCUCGGUGUUCGAGGCAUUAGAGAAGAAGUUCGGGGAACAAGUUUCUUGGAGGAGAUCAGAAAGAAAGCUUCUCUUUGACCGAAUAAACUCCGGGUUAGCUGAACUCUUUCGGUCGUUUGUUGGUGUGCCCGAAUGGGCAAAGCCUGUAUCGAGAAGGUUUUGGCCAUUGCUCGACCAGGAAAUGGUCGAGGACGAAGUAUGGACCCUUCUCGAUAGCCAAGAAAAGGAAGGGAACAAAGAUUUAGUCGAUAAACAGUUCGGGAAGGAGAUCGGGUGGAUAGAUCUCGGAGAUGAGAUUGGUUCUAUUUGUAGGGAACUAGAGGGAUUGCUGAUCAUUGAGCUUGUUGCAGAGGUUGGUAGCAGCAUCAUAUGAUUUUGAAUGGUAUGAUAUAUAGUUUUCAUAGACAAACAUUAUAGCAUACAAAAACAGUGAAUUGUUUCUUUUCUUUUCCUUUUUUUAAAGAAAAGGUGAGUCAUAUAUUUGUGUAUAGGAAACAGUUUUGAUCUUGUUUCAAGUGUUUGAUGAGGAUGUAUUCUUUGAUUCAUGAGUGGAACCAAGAGUUCAUUGUUGUUAAGUGUGACAGAUUGAUAUCAUUUUUAUACAUCAAAGCCUUUUGUGAUGCCAA